AUGUGUGAAACCGGAGCACUUGAGCAAGAAUUGAAUCCAACGAACGACUCGCGGCCCGGCGAUGACGAAGGCCAUCAAUCGCGGUUUUUGAGUCUACCCAGGGAGCUUCGAGAUCUCGUCUACGAAUGCCUUGUCGAUGAGCGUAGAAGACGUCCAGAAAAUCCCGAUGACGCUGGCGAGCGUUCCCCAGUCUCUCCUACAACGCCCGGAUCUAUCGUGUAUGAAUCCAAAUCGCCCAAGCCGGCCAUGCUCCAGUUGAAGCUAUGCAACAAGCAAAUCUACCAUGAAAUCCGCGAUACAUUGAAAAACUACGUAAACGGCGAUACUGGACCCACGCGCCUCGAUAUCAUGGUCAAAGGCUCGGCAAUCUGGCCAACCUGGAUCAAGCUCCCCGUAACGCCGUAUCUCGACCCAACCAUCCAAAUCGACCUCCGCAUCUUCGAAGCCACAGACUUCGGAAGUGAGUUCAGCACAGGCGCUUACCGAGCCCUCUGGUCUCUCUUCAACCGCCUCAUCUUUCGCGGGCCCUGCCUCAUCCACAACAAAGACCUCCCCAAACCGCUGGAGGUGGGCCGUCUGCGCUUCGAGAUCAUGCUGUGCUUUCCCACGUCUGUGGAUGAUUUGUUUGGGACGUAUCGAGAUGUGUUUGAGCGCUUGGAGAAGUUGGCGUACGAUAAUGUGGGAUUGGGGAAUGUGGGCACGAUUGAGGCUUGUUUGGGUGCGGAUAGGAGGGUUUGGAGGUUGAGGCAGUUACCUACGGGACUCACGUUUGCGAGUAGGAUUAAUGAGUGA